UUUCUGUAGUAAAGAAGGUGAACCACUCAGGAUACCUCCCCGGAAGUAGGAGAGGAAUGUUUCCAGAGCCACAACUUCCACGCUGAGAUUGCCUUUAUUUUACACAUUUGUUUACGGCAUUUUAAUAGAUGGAAGGAGGGACGCGAUUAGAAAAUGCGAACCCGUUGAUCUUCCAGCGAUCCGGGGAGAGACAACUCACCACAGAAGAGGAGGAUGAGGAGUUUGCUGACCCGAUAGACGACAGAGAGAUUUUCGAUUUGAUCAGGACGAUUAACGAUCCAGAACAUCCACUGUCACUGGAAGAAUUAAACGUUGUUGAACAAGUGCGAGUUCGGGUGAGUGAUGAUGACAGCACAGUGUCAGUGGAGUUCACGCCCACAAUCCCUCACUGCAGCAUGGCCACCCUGAUUGGGUUAUCUAUUAAAGUAAAGCUGCUUCGAUCUUUACCUGAGAGGUUCAAGAUUGAUGUGCACAUUACUCCUGGUGCCCAUGCCUCUGAACAAGCAGUUAACAAACAGCUGGGGGAUAAAGAAAGAGUGGCGGCGGCUUUGGAGAACUCCCACCUGCUGGAAGUUGUGAACCAGUGUUUGUCAUCCAGAACUUAACCAGAUUCAACUAUACCAGACCCUAAAGCAAAUUGUCCAACGCGACCGCAGUGCAAGCUAUAUCAGUUUCAAAACCAAAGUAAACAAAGCAAAGCUGAAACACUGGAUACAUUUCAUAUAUCCACUACAAACUCUUGUGCAUGCAUUUUGAUUUAAAAACAAAAAUGUCAAAAAGUUUGAAUUAAGUAUUUAUAUUAACUAAUGUUUUAUCCUUUUUUUAUUAUAAGGGAACAAAUAAGUACAUUGUAAAGAUGGUUCUUUAUUAGGUUAACUGUAGGAGGUAAAUAAAACUGUUUAAAUCUC